UAUGCUUCACGGCAAAGAAAGCAACUAUUAUGUAUGUAUUGGAUUUUGGAUAUUUAUUUAUUAUUUGUUAUCUGACAACUGUAACAUAAAUUAUAAAAAUAGUUACUUCUGUACUAAGUUGUGGUUUACAAAUUGAAAAAAUGGGUUCCCGUAUUUUAUUAAAAAAUUUUGCACAAAAUUUGCAAAGUCCCAGUAGAAGAUUUACAGUUGGAAUUGCAAGAUGUGGUAAUGACACUUCACCAAAAGAUUUAAAAGCAUUGGCAACCAUGCCAGCUGAAGCUCAACGUCAUGAAGCAAUGAAAGGACACAUAACAAUAUCACAACAAGAAGAUAUAUCAGUUGUAUCAGGUGUACCAGAAGAACAUAUAAAAACAAGAACAGUUCGUAUUUUUCAACCAGCUAAAAAUGCCAUGCAAUCGGGAACAAAUAAUAUCAACUAUUGGCAAAUUGAUUUUGAUACGAGAGAACGUUGGGAAAAUCAAUUGAUGGGUUGGUGCUCAACAGGUGAUCCACUCUCAAAUGUUAAAGUUGAAUUUACUUCAAAAGAAGAGGCCAUUGAACAUUGUGACAAAAUGAAAUGGCGUUAUUAUAUUCAAAAGCCAAAUGUCUCAAAUCCAAAACCACGAUCUUAUGGUGCAAAUUUUUCAUGGAAUAAACGUACUCGUACAACAACUAAAUAAAUAUUACAUUUUUAAUUAUUCAUGAUGAAUUUUGUUUUGGUUAAAAGGUAAAUAUUUUCCUGAUAAUGUACAGUAGUAAAUUGUAUGUCAAAUAAAUAUUAAAGUUGUAUAAAUUUUCAGUAACGCUCAAUAAAAUUCAACGAGUGAUAACAGAAUAUAUAU